ACAAAGCCCAGCAGCCAGGGAGCGCCGCCAGGCAGCACAACGAUUCACAGCCGACUCGCUUCACCCCUUUCCCGGCGGCGGCCAGCGAUUGCCGCAGUUGGUCCCGCGAUCCCCGUGUGGCCCCUCGAAGUCCGGCGGCGGUACGCGCAGUUCGUCCCGCGAUAUUCUACUCGUGCGUCCCCUCGCCGCAAGUUUGGAGAUGGCGGCGAAGUCCGGGUACACACGCCCGCGCCCGCUCGCCGAUGACGCCGCUCCUCCGCCUCCUAGCGCCGUCCUGUACGUGGCCAACUGCGGACCCGCGGUCGGGGUGACCGACGCCGACGUCCGCGCGGCGUUCGGUGCCUUCGGGGAGGUCGCUGGGGUCCAGGCCGCCGACAACAGCGGCGCCCGCGUCAUCGUCCGUUUCCACGAGCCCGCCGCCGCGGAGGCCGCGAUUGCCGCGCUCCACGGGCGUCCCUGCGAUGCCCUUGCGGGGCGCGUGCUGCACAUAAGGUACUCGGUGCCCGUGAAGCCGAAGACUCUCCCUGGAGGCUCGCUGCCGGUGGCUCUCGCGGCAUCGGAGCUCGGGAUCCCCGGGAUUUACAUGGUUGAGGAGUUCGUGGCUGCCCCUGAGGAACAGGAGCUACUUGCAGCUGUGGACAGCAGGCCGUGGAAAAGUCUGGCAAAGAGGAGAGUUCAGCAUUACGGUUAUGAGUUUCUGUAUGAAACAAGGAAUGUUGAUUCGAAGCAAUUCUUGGGUGAAUUACCGGAUUUUAUUUCAAUAGUCCUUGAGAAGAUCGCUUCCUUUCCUGGUUUGAAGAAAUGUACUACCAGAUUGGUUGAUCAAUUAACAGUAAACGAGUAUCCUUGUGGUGUAGGUUUGUCUCCACAUAUAGAUACACACUCAGCAUUUGAGGAAAUGAUUUUUAGCCUUUCUUUGGCUGGACCUUGCAUCAUGGAGUUCAGGAAAUAUCCUAGAGGCAGUUGGCGUGCUCCAAGCAUGGUCAAUGGAGCUGAUGAACAUACCAGUCAAGAGCCAGAGUGCAUAAGGAAAGCAAUUUUCCUACCUCCUCGAUCUAUGUUGCUGAUGUCAGGAGAAGGCCGAUAUGCUUGGCAUCACUAUAUACCGCAUCAUAAAAUCGAUGAUCUGGGUGGCCGUGUCAUCAAAAGGAAUUCAAAGCGGGUUUCUUUUACUUUUCGUAAGGUGAGGAUGGGUCCUUGUGACUGUGAAUACAAGCAAUUUUGUGAUUCUCAUAGCAAGAGAUGUUAAUCUGGAAAGUGCUCAACAGAUAUAAACCUACUUGCUGCUACAACUACUGGUGAAUGUUGUCUGACUUUUUGACACAAUCAUAACGGUAAGCUUGCCCACAUAUUGAAGCCAUGUAAAGCAGUAGGUGUUUAAGACCCAACAGAUAGAGAAUUCAUGCAGCGAAACACUGGCUUGUAACGUGGGGACCUUGUAGUAGGCUCAUCUUGAGGUUGAGUUGUAUGUAUUGCCUGAUAUGUUCUAAUGACAAAAAAUAAUUUAUAUGAAUAUUGUUUAUGUUACUGUUGAACUUAAUGGAAUUCGUGUUUGACUAUCA